AUGACAACCCGCAAGCGGAACGAGUUCCUCGAUAUUGUCUCCAGCGACGAAGAAGGUAACGACGCCGGAUACGACUCGGAAGCCGCCGAGGAGAGUAAAGGCCGCACCGUGAAACGGAGAAAGACAAAAACGCGCAAUGCGGAUCUAGAGAGCGGAUCUGGCGAGGAAGAAUCCGAUGUGUCGGAGGGGGAGGAAUCAAGCGAUGCGGAGGCCGGGGGUGUAGGCCUGUCCAAGAAGGAGAAAGAGGAACCGCAGGAUGAGGACGAAACAGACGAUAAUGAUGAUGAUGAAUACAAUGAAGAGGAUCAUUACCUUGACGUGAGCGCCGAAGCCGAAAAAACGAAAAAGGGCCAGGAAUCCACCGACAAACUCAAGCUCAAGCCGAGUAAGAAAAACAAAACGGGCGUUGUCUAUUUCUCCACUCUGCCGCCGUACAUGAAGCCAUUUGCCCUCAAAUCGCUUAUUGAGGCGCGUGGGUUUGGUCCGAUCACAAAAGUGUUCUUGUCGCCUGAGGUGCGGGCACCGUCGGCGCCGCGGCGGCGAUCGAAUAAGCGGAAGUCGUACUCAGAUGGGUGGGUGGAGUUUGCGUCGAAGAAGAUCGCCAAGAUUUGUGCCGAGUCAUUAAAUGCAUCCAUCGUGGGUGGCCGGAAGGGCUCAUGGUAUCAUGACGACAUAUUGAAUCUUAAGUACUUGAAGGGAUUCAAGUGGUCCGAUUUACAGGAAACAGUUCAGCGCGAGAGAUCGGAGAGGGAAGCGAAGCGGCGGAUUGAAGAUGCCAGGGCGAGAAAGGAGGAGAAGGUGUUCUUGCAGGGCUAUGAGAAAGGGAAGAUGCUCAAUGGGAUCCAGAAGAAGAACGAGGCAAAGCGCAAGCGGAAGAUGCAAGCUGGAGGCGAGGACGGAAAGAAAGAGGAGGCCAUCAAUGCACGGAGAUUGUUCAAGCAAAAUGAGGUCAGACACGGACGUGAUAAAGUCCCAGAUGAUCAAGGUGAUUUGGAGGAAAAUGCCAGGAGGGUUCUGGCAAAGAUUUUCUAA